AUGAUAUUCCUGGCUACGUUAAUUGGGAACCUGCUCAUUAUAAUUGCUGUGUCAACAAGUUAUUGUCUUCACUCUCCCAUGUUCUUUUUUCUAGGUCACUUGUCAUUUUCCGAUAUCUUACUGACUUUGAACAUUGUCCCGAACAUGCUAGGUUUAAUACUGCAAGAUGGAGCUAUUGUUUCUAUUUCAGAGUGUAUCACACAAUAUGUUAUCUAUGGUGCUUCAGCAACCACUGAGUGUCUUCUUCUCACUGCGAUGUCCUAUGAUCGUUACAUUGCUAUUUGUAACCCCUUACAUUAUAGUACUGUAAUGGACCUCAAUCUUAGUCUCUAUCUGGUUAUAUCAUCAUGGUGUCUAGGUUUUAUAGUAACAUUAGUUCCAAUACUUUUUUUUAACACACUUUGGUUUUGUGGUCCCUAUAUUAUUGAUCACUUUUUUUGUGAUAUUGGUCCUCUUUUGGAACUCUCUUGUUCCGAUAUAACUAUUGUCAAAUUUGAAGUAUUUACAUUAGCUAGUGUUUUAAUAGUUGUUCCCUUUUUUUUUAUCUCAGUAACUUAUGUCAGAAUUUUUCUUACAAUCAUGAGGAUUCCUUCCAUAACAGGAAAGAAGAAAACUUUCUCUACAUGUAGCUCUCACUUGGCUGUAGUGUGCAUGUACUAUGGUGCUCUUUUUGCAGUGUAUGUUGCCCCAUCUAGAGUCCAUUCCAUGAACUUCAACAAACUCUUUUCACUGAUGUACACUGUGUUGACACCAUUAUUCAACCCUAUUAUUUACAGCUUAAGAAACCAGGAAAUAAAGGCUGUUCUGAUGAAAUACCUUGGAAUAAAAAGACCCACCAUUUAA